GCCAGGACACUUACGGUCUAUAGUUAGUUCAACUACUGCCUGAUUCUUAGUCUAUGUCAGGUGAGCGGAAGGUGCGGUUCUGUGUCCGUGUGUGUGUUUGAAUAGUGAGGGCUAACAUCAGGAUCAUAGCAGCAAGGAAGAGAUGGACAGUUGGGGAACGCUGUCAGUCGAAGUGACGGCCGGUUUCAGCACAACCAGGGAUGAGAGGGGAGGAGUUCCACCACCAAGGACGAAAGCAAUGAGUCUCAGAACUGUGGAUCUGUUGUUUACAAGACGUACAACAACAAUCGAGAAGCUACCGGACAAGGUUCUACUGCACAUCUUCUCCUACUUAUCCCAUAGGGAAAUUUGUCGGAUGGCCAGGGUCUGUAAAAAAUGGAGAGUCAUUGCUUAUGACACUAGGCUGUGGAAGGCUGUUUCUCUUAGGCCUGAAGUUUUAGGUCUUCAUGUCGGAAGUCUGGAGGCACUUUUAGCCCUCAUCAGUAUCCGGUUUGGACCAACACUAAGAUACAUAGAACUGCCGAUUGAAUUGAUCACACAUACUGUUCUUCAUGAAUUAGCCAAUAAGUGUCCCAACCUAACACACAUGCUGCUAGAUUUCUCAACAGCGAUGCAACUCCAUGAUUUCUCUGAACUUCAGACAUUCCCUACGAAAUUGAAAUAUAUGUGUAUUUGCCUGUCUGAAGUCAUCUUCAUGGAAGGUUUUAUGAGAAAAAUUUAUAAUUUUAUUAAUGGUUUAGAAAUUCUGCAUCUUGUUGGUACUUAUGAAAAAGUGGAAGAAGAAGAGGAAGAAAUUUAUGAAGUCAUCAAUGUUCAUAAAAUGAAAUCUGCCACUCCAAAUUUACGAGUUAUCAACCUCUAUGGAAUUAAUUUCAUUGAUGACAGCCAUAUAGAUGCUUUUAGUUCAAACUGCAUACAGUUAGAAUGCCUGGCCGUCAACUUCUGCAAUAAGGUUACUGGCUCCACGAUGAAGACCCUUUUUCAAAGAAGUCGUCGUCUCAGAUGCCUUUUAAUGAACCAGACCAGUCUUAAGAGUGAACAUGUCAUGGCAGUUGAAUGGGAGAAGAGCUCUAUACAAGAGUUGGAUGUAACUGCUACAGAUCUGUCCGCAGAAUGCCUGAUAGAUAUGCUUACUAGAAUCCCCGGUUUGAGAUUCCUUCGAGCUGGCCAAAUAAAUGGUUUCAACGAUUCAGUACUCAAAGCAUGGACAGAAAAUGGCAACACAAGAAACCUGAUAGCUCUUGACCUAGAGGCAUCUGACAACUUGUCAGAUGAUGCAAUAAAGAAGUUCCUCACAAGACAUGGCCACCAGCUGUUGGGGUUGUCACUAUCUGGCAUGCCUCAUAUUACAGAUCAGUUAUGGAUGGCAGCACUUCCUAUUGUGACUAAUGCCAAAAUUCUUAUAAUGGGCACUCGUGAACGAUUAGGUGUAAAUAUUCAUGUUGAUCAAUUGAUGGAUGGUAUUGCAAAUAGUUGUCCUAAACUCGAGCGAUUAGAACUCAGAUGGGACCCGGAAAACCUUAGGUUUUCUGAUAAAUCACAAAAAGCAAUCGACAUACUCCGAGUGAAAUGUCUGAAAAUGAAAAGUCUUGUUUUAAGUGAUGGACGCUACUAUGAAAUUGUAAAAGCGAACUUUGAACGAGCUGACCGUACAACUGUUGUGAGGACAUCAACAAGCUGCAGGACUUCUCUUUACUAUCUUUUAUCUAACUAUAAAGAUCUAAUUUUUAAUUGAAUACAAAUUGAUUUGUUUUUUAUUUUAAAUGUUACAAUUUCAAAUGUAUUGAAGUCGUAAACUUGACUGUGGAAGAGACAGGGAGCCAAGAAGAUGCAAUUCACUGCAAGCGAAACUGAGGAGUGAUUAAUUUUCAUGCAGCUAUUUAUUAGUUAAACAUUGUUCAUACAAAAUAUUGAUAAAAUGCAUUGUAUUUCAGCAUUUGAUAAGAGUGAAUAUUAAACAACCAAUUUCUACUUUUAUGAAAUUAUGUAUCUAGGAAUUGUUUGUAUAUAAUGUGCAGAUUGUGUUGUGCAUUUAUUCAGAAAGUUUUUAAUAAUCUAAAUAAUUUAAAUUAGAAAAUUUCAUUUCAAAUAGUUUGAUUUAUCACAAUGGAUUUGUAAUUAAAAACAAACAAUUUUCUACCUAAGAAUAAAGAAUAAAAUUUAAUACAAUAUGAAAUUUAAUCAGUAUUAUUUAUGAUCUAAUGAAAUCAUACUUGUUACAUUAAUGUUAUUUCAAUGCUAAUUGUAUUCUUAACCCCAUUGCUGAUUAAAAGAAAAUUUAUACCUACCCAUAAUGGUUGAAAAUCUAAAUAUCAAACAAAAAAUUACAGUGUGUUUGCUAAUAAAAACUAAUUAAAACAUAAUGGUUUAAAAUAUUGAAACAUUCAGAUUGUCAAAAGAAAAACUUAAAACUUUACUGAGUUUAUAAAAAGUCAAUUUGUUAUUCAUUGACAACAGGGUAUUUUUUAGAGAUCAUUUAUUUAUUGUUGAUGCAGUAUUUGAGCAUUCAUGAGUCAACAGUGGUGCCAAUUCAGAUCUGGCCUGAGAGGGUUGACAUUAAACUCAUGAUCAUUAUUUAUCCUCUAAAUCCUCUUUACAUAGGUCGGUAAUGUGUAAAAUAACUCUUCCUGCCAUAGUUGAAGCACAGAACAUUGUCAAACUCAAUAAACGACAUAUAGCAAAUUUGAAUGUUGAAGUUCAAUUUAUAUUUACCAGUAGACAAACUUUGAAAUAGGAGUUCAAAUCUUAUACAUUAUCAUAACUUUUUUUUGGUAAAUAAAAGGAGUCACAUUUAAAAAUUAUAUCUCAGCCUUACACCACAUUUAUUUGUAAUAAAAGUUCACUUAACAUUAAGAUCAACUCCAUUAUAAUUUUGUUGAUACAGUAACUUACCAUAGUUGAAGCUCAGAGUUGGUUUGAAUAUACUUAAAACAAGUUGGCUAAGAGCUUUCGAUAACUGUAUGUGUUUAUACUAUAUUUUAAAAAAUUAAAAUUAAAUACAAUUAAAUUAAAUAUUUUUUUUUCUGUUGCCUCUACAAUGCAGAGUCAUUGGGAACAUCUUCAAGUUAAAAUUUAUGAUAAAGUUUCAGCAAUUAUAGAAAUGCUAAUGUUCCUUUAAUAGCUUUUUCAUUUUCUUUUAAAUUUCCUGAUGUGUAUGGUCUUAUAUCCAAAUUUUCCCUGAUGUUUUUCAGUGUAAGGCAAUCUUGCAGAAUGUAUUUUACAGUUCUUUGGACAUUGCAGUUUCCACAGGUUGGAUGAUAAAGACCUCUUAAUAAGUAGAUAGGCAUGUGAGAACUCACACUAUGUAAUUCUUAAUCUACAUUAAAUUAAAUUAAAUCAUUACUAAAUUUUAAAUAAACAACAAUUUUAAAACUAAAAACAAGAAAAAGUACUAUAGUAAAAAGUACCAUAAAAUCAUUAGCAGAUUAUUUUAUUUGAAAACUCAUAUUUUCAUUAUUUGUAAAUUAAAUAACUUAGCAUUAUUAUAAUACCAAGAAUCAAUAGCGAUGUAAUUAAAUUAACAAGUAGAUGAUCAACUUCUUAUGCCAGACAAAUGUCAUUAAAUUGUUCAUUGUUCUUAGAGGACUGUAAGUCCCAGAAUAAAAUUGACUUAUCUUUCAUUCUUCUUUCUUUCAUUAUUUGUUAACAUAAAAAUAUUUAUUUACCUCUAGCUAAGUACUUCAUAAUUGGAUUUUUAAAAAUAGGAAAUCAUGGAAUUAUUUUAAAAUAAAAGCACUUAUAACGUUUUUUUGUCUUGUUUUUAAAACCAGAAUUUUAUUUCUUAUGAAAAUAAUAUUAAAUAUUAUAUACAAUAAUCAUUAUCUUCACUUCAUAAAUACAUAAUGACAAAGGUUUUAAAAAUGAAAACAUUUUGUAUUUUCAAUAUAAAUACAAUCUAAUGAUAAUUAAAAAAUAAAAUUCUUACGCUAAACAAGUGAAUCUUAAUUAUAACCAGGAAACUAUUAAUUAUUUAUAUUAUUCCUUGGAAAACUACAAAAACCAAUUCCGUAACCCACUAUACCCUACUAGGCAGAUAGUAAUACAAAUGGGUAACAUGACCGUUGACAAUAAAACCGUUGAUGGUUUUAGAGAACAUUAAAUUUAAGUUAAUAUAAAAGAAAUAAAAUAAUGCUAUUUUGAUUUAUAUUUUUAAAAACUUUUAAAUCAAUAUUAGUUGAGUUUAGACCAAAUUUGCAUCUAUUGUUUUUUCUUUGUUUUUUUUUUUUGUUUUUUUGUAUAUUCUAGUGUUAUAAUGAAAUUAUUUCAAGAAAUUAUAAUCUUACUUAAAACUUACUUAAUUUUCCUUAUUUAUAUAUCCAAAUAUACAUGUAUAUAUAUUUUAUAUAUUAUAUCUAUAAUAAAAUAAUGUCUUUUGUACAUUCUCUAUUUACUACAAGUAAUUUUAUUUUACUUAUAUAUAGCUAUAAACAACAUUAUAUACAAAAAUUAAGAUUGUAGCAGAUUUAAUUAUUAUAGUUUGGUGAUAAUUUUAUUGUUUGAAAAGAACUGAUUUAGUAAAGAAAUCAAAAGAGAAAUAUAUUAAAUUAUACAGAAUUAGAUCUUGUUCAUUUGAAGAGUUGUGUAAUUCUAGAUUUAUAUUUCUUAAUUACACAGAAAUAGAUAUUCCUGAUUUAAAAUAUGUACAAAUAAUGUUUGAAUGAAAAAAAAAUAUUACAUAGACAGUUGUAAUGAUUCUUUCUAAUAAUAAUUAAUAUGAUUUUGUAAUGGCACAGUAACAAUAUCAUACUAAAAUUAAAUAUUUGUCAUUGUAUUAGCAAUCCUUAGCAAUUCUGAUAAAUCUAUUUUGAUAUUAAAAGGAAAUGUUAUAUCACAUUUCGAGAAGGCCCUGCAAGUUAGAAUCGUAUACUGAUCACUCUUCUGUAUUAAAACUGAGACCAGUGCCUUUAAGAUUCUCUCUGGUCCAAUUGUCAAACCUCUCAGCAAGUUCUGGUGACAUGUAGUUCUUCCAGUCGCCAACUUUCCCUUUUCGUAUGAAGGUCUGGUCACCCUGAUCAGACUAGAUAUCAGACUUCAUUUGUCACAUUAUACUACCAGUAUAUGAUAGUCACAUAAAUGAACAGACAUUUUAAAAUUAUUUAAUUCAAGAUGUACAGCUUUAAACAUUUUUGCAUCAGUAAUUUACAAAAUGGAGAUGGCAUAUUAAUACUCUAUUGUAUUAUUAAUACUCUUUUCUAACUGUUGAAUGUUUUAAUUGAUCCCAUCCUUAUUCAAUAACACUGUCUUUCUUUUAUUUAAACAAUUUUUAUAUAAUAAUAACAAUACAGUAUUUAUUUAAAUAUUUACGAUCAAAAAUGCCUUUCAAAAAAACCUAUUUAUUCAUUUUAUUUAGCUCUUCAUCCAAAUUUUUUAUGAGGAUAGUAUCAAAAAGUCCCACACAAGAAAAAAUUAAUGAAAGAGAUUUUGAUUAUUUGAUAAUUUUUUAUGUAUUAAUUUUCAUUUUAUUAAUGCCCAG